AUGGCUAUCGUCAAAGCCUUUGAUGUUAGUCUGCAGUCGGGAGGUCGCAAGCUGAAAGAAAACCGUGAAUCACCGCACGGAUUAUCUCAUACGUCAUGCUCAGUCACUGUCACUCCUGGCUCAGUCUACACCAUUCAGAUCAACAUCACUGCUGCAGACUUCGGUCGAUAUGCCGACCUUGUAUUCGAGCUCUUCCAAGAUGGUCAACUCUUGACCAAGGCGUUCUGCGAUGGAAGAGUCUUUCUCCAUGGCAAGUUCUGGACACUGGAACUCAGCCACUUCAAGAAGGAUGGUAGCGCACGACUUCUCGAUCUGAGCUUUCCCAAAGCCCUUCUCAGUAAUCACCUUCUCAAUAACCGUCAUCCACUUUGCGUGCGUGUACUCCAGUACGAGAUCAAUCGCAGCCGGGUCGACCACAUUCCGCGCGUUCAGCACCUUCAGCUGUACAACCUUGGCUAUGGCGGUCGGUAUUCCAGUUCCGUUCCUAUUGCAACCUUUGACUUCGAUCUCACAACCGACGCCGCGUCUACCUCAGCAUCUCCUAGGGUUGGUUCACCCACACUCGCGCCAUUGAUUAAGCCUGCCCCACCGAGAGAUAUCCGCCGCCCAUUGUCAGGAGGUGGUGCUGGCUACGUCAACUUUGGUUUCCGCUACCUGCCUGCGCCUCUGGCUGCGGCUCCUUCCAGAAAGCGAGAUCACGACUCCAUCUCAGGAUCGCUCACUCAAGAUGAUGGUAAGGACAACGACUAUGCGGACAAUGUCACGAACCUCUUGAAGCGUUCGAAACUUGACCACAAUAUCCGAUCCGAUGGAGGCGAUAGAGCGAAAGAGGAUCGAAGCGCUGGAGCUCGUCAACAGCAUGCGACUUUUGAUCUCGAUGAUGAGCACAGCAUGUCGCCUACUGGUGGUCAGCCCUUAUCAACUUCUCGUAACAACAAUACAAGCAAUCGAUCCGCUCCCAUGUCUGGCCAAGGUGUGAACGGGCAAGACACGAUGCGAUUGCCUCACGAGGAUCUGCACCACGACAUUGAAGAAGAGCCCGACAAUGACGAUGAAGAAGAUCAAGGUCGGGGUGAUAAGUCCCAAGAUGCUGCCACCGACAAUUCAGACCAGUCUAAUGACGCCGAGCCACGCUCUGUCAAGAAGCCCGCGCCUCGCAGAGUUCGAGCUCUUGCCGACUUCAAGACAAGAGGCGAGAAGCGGUAUGACUUCUGGUGCACAUUCUGCCGAAAUUGGGCAUUCUGGAAUCGCAGAAAGGAGCAUUAUCGUGUGCAUCAUCCUGGUAUCAAUCCCCCUCUACCUGCUAGCGAAGAGCGUCGCGGUCAUGUGUUUCAGCAAGUCACGACUGAAGACCUGCAGCGCCAAGAAGCGGCCCUACAGCCUGUCGGUAGGUAUUCUCACAACUACCCGGAGUUCGAAUGCGUUUGGUGCGCUACAUGGGUGUGUGUUUACGGCCGCGCCAAGCACUACAAGAGUCACGAUACUGCUCCUCCCACGCCGGUGACCGAAGCUUUACGAUGGUCACUGACUCUUCAGCCUCUCAAUGCAAGUGAAAUCAACAAAAUCAAUGCACAGAGCGCCGGAGGAGCCGGUACCCGCCCUGCGAGUGUUGUUCGUGGCCCCGACGACCCUGGUGCCCCAGGAGCCCAAGACUCUGAAAUGGGUGGCCUCGACGCGGAGGUACUCACUGCUGAAGCCCAGAUUUCCCAACCUGCUCCAGUACAGGCUGGCACUUUCUCCAACAGCUCGGAAGAUGGCGUGCCGAUGCCUGUUCGAGGCCCAUUUCCUCGACUGUCAAUCAACGGCCACACCGACGAUGGUACAGCCCAAUCCUCAAUGCAUACUCCGACCACCACUCGAUCUGCGGACUCAGUACGAAGCAGUGGCACUGGCUCGAUGAUCAUCGUGCAGCCUCGAGAGAACUCGCCCGAAGACAAUUCAACCAGCACAUAUCGACCAGUCUCGGGUGACCACAACUCUUCCCAAGGCUCUAGUGUAUCCGCGGCUGCGGAAGGUGGAAACGAACAGAGCCAGCCUCUCGACAGCAUCUCGUACGGCUUUGAAAUAAUUGAUCACGCUGUGGAUGUGGCCAACGAUCCCGCUUCGGACGUUGCUGCCGGUCGAAACAUAAAAGAAGCUGUUGGGUCCGACGAAGCUGACAAUGCUACUCCUGCCGAAGACCACUCUGGUGCUCAAGAACAAGAUGACCGUGCCGGAUACAGCGGCAUGUCUUCUCAUUACGACAAUGCUGACAAUAUGGGUGUGACCGUGAAUGAUGACAAUGACGCAAAGCCGGCUACUGCGACCGACAACGAUGACAACUCUGCCAACGAUUCCAUCGCUAGCCCUCACGGCCACCAAGUUAGCGCAUCAAGAAGAGACUUGCAGCAGACUGAGAUCACAAACACCGUCGAAACCCUCGCUCGAAGCCUCAGCCCUUUCCACGACGCCGAUGAUGAGGAGACGCUCCAAACUAAAUGGAACCGACUGAACCUUGUCACACAGCUUCAACGUGACCUGAAGGCUUACUUUGAUGGUCAUGCUUGA